CCGCCACAGCCUGUCGCAGUGUAAGUCAACGACUCGUGAGCUAUAAAGUUCGCAUUCGCGGCACAUAGACUCGGCGUGGAUUAUAUACAUAUAUACAUACGAUAUAAACAUCAUAUUGUUAUUAUUAUCAUUAUAAGCUGGUGCGCGAGUGAGGCCAAAGCGCCUGUAAGUAGCGCCUCCACCGUCCGUGAAUACAGUUUCUCUCCAAUAGCUUAAAGUAGUCGCAGAUACCUUCCUCGCUCGUUUUACAUGCGGAUUGUGCGGUGUGACAGAGCAGAGCAGCAAAGCAGAGCAAAGCAGAGAAAGAGAGAGAACAGGCGGCCCGGAGUUGACGCUCUCUCGAGUCUCCCUCGCAUACGCAGCAUAGCUGCCGGAUUUGUUUGAUCGUUUCAUCCUAGGUGCGCUAUUGCUGCACCUAGUGCACUGUCUGUCCUGCAAUCGAGUGCAUGUGUAAAAGUCUAUGUGUCUCGGUGACUGUGCGUGCGCGCGCGUGUGUAUGUGUGUGCAGCAAAGAACUGCGAGCUUUUCAAAUAGUCGAGCUGGCUCGAUGAAGUCUCUCUAUUCCUCCAGUUAUACGCUUGGAAAGGCGUAGUCUUGUCCGACAAGUCCUCGGACUGCGAGGACUCGCAUCUGCAGAGCGCGCGCGACUGCACUGCGGUGUCAUUGUUCGUCUUCGUCGUCGUCUUCGUCGUCGUCGCGUGCGGCUCGAGAGUUGAGCCUUCCAGUGUGUAAAUAUGUAGAUACAUGUGUGUAGGUGUCUGUGCACAUAUUUAUACACGUAUAUAUCCUCUCGGUUUUUCUCGAGAGCAAUGUGUCCGGUGCUUUUCUCUGUGCAAAUGAUUAUGCGUGUAUGUGCGAUCAGUGCCGUUAGCACGGAAGACGAGCAGUAGCACGCGUGUAGCAUUAUAUCGAACGAAAGAAAACAAGAAACGAGCUCGGGAUCUGCUAACUCGAAUCCGAGAGAGAGACACCCGCGACAGGCCAACGACUUCUCAACUGGAGGUACUCGGUAGCUCUGCUGUGACUAGCAACUUCGCCACCUCGGUACAGAGAAAGAGAUAGAGGAUAAACGAGAUGGAGACUCGUCUGUCGCAGUCGUGAGCUGAAAACUUCCUCAGCUGCUGUGUGUACAUCCGCGCUUCCGAAGGAAGCGGAGCGCGAAGAUUAUCGGAGGCGAGUCGCAGUCGUAACAAAGACCGACGCAAACCUAUUCUACGACCAAUUCUCAUCAUGGGCAAGUGCUGCAGCAAGCGGCCCGAGCCGCAACCCAUCGGUAAGGCGACAACCGAUUUUUACUUUUACCGCCCAGGUUACAAAAAAGCCGAGGUCGGUCUGAAUUCGAAGCACAGUAACGGGGGUUCGCUCGACCGCUACACAGCCGAUCCGAAUCAGCGUGGAGGACAGGCCCGAGCGGACAUUAUCCGGCCUAGACCGACGCCCUGUAAGCAGCUGCAUCUGCCGACGUUACCUUUGGCUGCCGCCACUGCCCUGCACGCCCGUAAAAACGCCUCGCCUGCCGUUGUUCGUCCCAAUGCAUCGCACGGCCAACGGAUCAACAAGGUCGUGGUGGCCAUGUACAACUACACGGCGCGCGAGAGCACGGACGUGAGCUUCGUGAAGGGCGACCGCAUGGAGGUGCUCGACGACUCGGAGCACGACUGGUGGCGGGUGCUGCAUCUCACGACCGGCGAGGAGGGCCUCAUACCGUUCAACUUCGUCGCGGUCGAGCGCUCGGUCGAGAGCGAGGACUGGUUCUUCGAGAACGUCUCGCGCAAGGAGGCCGGCAAGCUGCUGCUCGUCGACGAGAACCCGCGCGGCACCUUCCUCGUGCGCCCCAGCGAGCACAAUCCGCGCGGCUACAGCCUCUCGGUCAAGGACUGGGAGGAGGGUCGCGGCCAUCACGUCAAGCAUUACAAGAUCAAGCCCCUCGACAACGGUGGCUUCUUCAUCGCUACGAAUCAGACCUUUCCCACGCUUCAGGCCCUCGUUUUGGCUUACAGCAAAAACGCCUUGGGCUUGUGCCAUGUGCUGUCCAAGCCGUGCCCGAAGCCACAGCCCGAGAUGUGGGAUUUGGGACCGGAGUUGCGCGACAAGUGGGAGAUCAAUCGCAACGAGAUCCAGCUCAUCCGCAAACUCGGCCACGGCAACUUCGGCGAGGUGUACUACGGCAAGUGGCGCAACAAGAUCGAGGUCGCCGUCAAGACGCUGAGACCCGGCACCAUGUCCUCGGAGGCCUUCCUGCAGGAGGCCACGAUCAUGAAGCAGUUCCGUCACCGGCAUCUAGUCGCUCUCUACGCCGUCUGCUCGAAGCAGGAGCCGAUCUACAUCGUCCAGGAGUACAUGUGCAACGGCAGUCUGCUGGACUUUUUGCGCACCGGCGACGGCAAGUACAUGCAAUUCGAGGAUCUCAUCUACAUUGCGGCUCAGGUGGCUUCGGGCAUGGAGCAUCUCGAGAGCAAACUGCUCAUUCACCGAGAUCUGGCGGCUCGCAACGUACUCAUCGGCGAGAAGAACAAGGCCAAGAUUUGCGAUUUCGGCUUGGCCCGGGUCAUCGAGGACGACGAGUACUGCCCGAGGCAGGGUAGCAGGUUCCCCGUUAAAUGGACCGCGCCCGAGGCCAUCGUUUAUGGCCGAUUCAGCAUCAAGAGCGAUGUCUGGUCUUACGGUAUUUUACUCAUGGAGCUCUUCACGUAUGGACAGGUGCCCUAUCCAGGUAUGCACGGCCGCGAGGUUAUCGAGCAAGUAAACAACGGCUACCGAAUGCCAAAACCAGUGAACCAUCCGCUACCCGACACCAUCUAUCGAUUAAUGCUGCAGUGCUGGGACGCUGUACCGGAGAAAAGGCCGACCUUCGAGUUCCUCAAUCACUACUUCGAAUCGUUCAACGUUACCAGCGAGAUACCGUACCUGGAGCCACCCACGGACUGAUACAUGGCCCAUCACGCGCACGUUGUGCCGCAUCAUCAUUAUCAUCCACACAAUGCUAAUUGUGCCAUGGAAUUUUACGGCAUCUACUGCUGAAUCGGCAGUAGCACCGUCGCCGCCGCCGCUGCUGCUGCUGCUUCCAGGAGCUUGAUGAACGUGAAAGACUCGACGCGUUUUUAGCUCGACGCGCGUAUGCAUGCGCGCAAAAAUCAUAUGCAUACGUGUGUUCGUGCGGUGCUUCGUGUCCGCGUGAGGGCGACACGACAAUUCGACACACAGUGAACAGUGAUCAACGAUCUCCAAAAGACUACCUCGUACCUAUGUAUAAGACUUGCACGCGCCUGUGAUUUGCGGACUCGAACGAUAGCAGUUUGCGCGGGUAAACUGCCUUCGCUUCACUUUUUAUAAAGUUACUAGGCAUAAGGCUGCAAGCGACCGACGAUGAUUUUAAUUAGGUAAUAACUCGAUUCAAGAGACAAUGUAUUAUUUAGCCGCGAUGCUUACUGCGUAUCGACACGGUAAAGUGCUGACCCUUCGAUCGUCGCAUCUGGCACGUUAACGUUUUUCAUGGUGCGCGACUGCAAUUAUACGUUAAAAAUUUGUCUACGAAAAUUCAUACUUGCUGAGUCAGUACGAAUAAUGGUAUUUGAAAGCAUUUGUAGAGUAAAAGUUGAGUAUUCGUUCAUAAUACUCAAAUUUCAAGACUUUUAAAGGGUGUCUAUAUUUACGAUGUAAAACAGCGUUUAAUGAACCAGAUAAUCAUAGAACAUUUGCAAAAAGUCUAUUUUACCAGUGGACAAUCUGCAAUGUAGAGAUAUUGAUGCAAAUUUAUCUAAUCAUAUGUAUAGGAUACGUUUAUCGUUGUGCAUUUUUUAUAAGUCAUUAAUUUAAGAAGUUUUUAUAUGAUUUUUCUUAUUUCGCUGUGAUUCUGUUAAUUCAUUAUUACUUCACAAGACUUUCAUUUACGAAAAAGUUGUAACAAUUUUCUACUUUCUACAUUACGGUUUUUCUUGUUUUAAUUUUUUUGUACAAAAUCUUAAGCGCUUAAGUUUAUUUUGAUAACUUAUGAUGCAUUAGAAUCGUACUUCAGAUUAAAUUAAAAAUAACUAUUUGUCAAUGUACGUAUGACAUACCAUGACAUUGCCAUUGAAAUGAAGACUUAUUCAUUUUGGAGAAGAACGUUGUUACAAUUAUGUAGAAAUCACUGUAAAUGGACACAAGUUACUAAAAAUAUUACAAAAUUACUUACAUAAAUAGUUUAGAAACGUGAAAACUAGAUAUUAUUCGUACAAAACGUUAAAUUUCUUACUCGACUGUAAGAUCGAGAUAACAGGUCCUAUAUUGAAGGUUACUAGCACAAAAAUAUCAUCUUUUUCCAGUUGCGAGCAUUCUAUUUCUUACUCAAACUAAUACGAAGUAUAAAAUCUUUCAAGUUUAGUGUUUCUAUAAAAUCAAUACAAAAUAUUCAAUACGCGCAAUAAUUUUUUGUCAAAGUUAAAAUUACAAGAUUUGUAAAUAAUUUUUAAAAAUCAUAUAACCGUGUCCAAUUAUGAGAAAAAAGAUGUAAAUGUUACUUGAGAAAUGUUGUUGCACUUAUUUUUCAAUUUGGUAAGAAAAGUUAAUACCGUCUAUCUUUUAUAAUCUAAUAAAAUAAAAUUCAUUUGCCUGUCGAAGAAAUAUUUUCAUGGAUAAAAUCAGAUUGUUUAUUUAAUCGUUAUUACUAGAGCGAUGAAUAAUCUGUGUAAUAUAAAAAUUUUCAAUAACUAUGAAAAUUU